AUGAAAUCGGCGACUCUUAAGCCGCUUCUCUGGUCCAGAGAUAACGCAAAACUUGUUCCCUAUUAUGGAGAUAAUGCUCAAGACAUAUGCAAAUUCAUUAGUCUAUCGAAAGGGCCGAGUCGUAAAGUGAUUCACUACAGACUCCGCAAUCGGUUGCCCCUCCAGGACGGGGAGAUCGACGGCCGGACCACUGUAUUAGUGGAGUUGGAGGCCGUGGACGUUGGGGGCAACACAUCCACGUUCUAUAUGCCGGGCGACCACCUCGGCGUCUACCCGGAGAACCACCGGGAACUGGUGGACGGCAUACUGGGCUACUACCCGGACUACAACCCCGAUCAGGUCUACCAGAUAUACGUCAAAGUGAACCAUCAGAUGGACGACAAGAGCAACGCGGAGGAGAAGUGGAUUCCCAACGAGAAGCUGGCGAUGACGUCGCUCCGGGAGGCGUUUACCCGAUACCUGGACAUUACUACCCCUCCCACUCAGCAGCUGCUCAACCUGUUUGCAGCGCAGGCCUCAGACCUGGACCGGUCGCGCCUCAAACAGUUGGCCACCGACUCGCACAAGUACGAGGAUUGGAAGGCCCAGUCCUACCCGAACCUCCUGGAGGUGCUCCGGGAGUUCCGGUCGCUGCGACUGCCGGCUGAGCUGCUGUUGACCCAAAUGCCGGCCCUUCAGUCCCGGUUCUACUCGAUCUCGUCGUCGCCACUCGUGGGCUCGUCAUCACGAGUGGACCUGACGGUGGCGGUGGUCAGGUAUGUCACGCAUACCGGUGUCCAGCACUACGGCGUGUGCUCUAACUAUUUGAAUCAAAUACCGAUCGGACAUUCGGUGUACGCCUUCAUACGAAGCGCUCCCAACUUCCGGCUCCCGGACGAUAGGUUGGCGCCCAUAAUAAUGGUGGGUCCGGGCAGUGGUAUAGCGCCCUUCCGGGGCUUUUGGCAGCACCGGUCGAAACUGAUCCAAACGCGCAAAGAGGACGUCAAUAAGUUGGGCAAAAUGUCGCUGUUUUUUGGCUGCCGUUCCCCUGGCAUGCAAUUGCACGCUAAGGAGGUCCAGAAGAUGGUCGGUGAGGGUGUCAUUCGUCGCAAUUUUAUAGCAUUUUCCCGCAUACCGGGCCAAUCGAAAAGGUAUGUCCAGGACUGCCUAAAAAGCGAGUCCCAGUCGGUGUACCACGAGCUCAUGCACGAUUUUGGUUGCGAAUUGUAUGUCCAGGACUGCCUAAAAAGCGAGUCCCAGUCGGUGUACCACGAGCUCAUGCACGAAAAAGGUCAUUUCUACGUGUGUGGAGAUGUAUCCAUGGCUGAGGAUGUCUGCAAGACAUUGAAGUUUAUACUACAAGACAAUGGUAUCGACGAUCCAGAAGUAGCACUCCUGUCGCUAAAGGAGAAUAUGCGAUAUCAUGAGGACAUCUUCGGCAUAACCCUCCGCACCGCUGAGGUCACCAAAAGGGGUCGGAGUGACGCCAUGACCAAAAGGAGUCUCUCCAACACUUAGUGGACAGACAUAUCAAAGUUGUAGACUUGUCUCUCUCAUCCCGUUCCCAUCG